AUGGCAAUUAUUCUCUUGUUCUUUUUGCUAUUAACCAAGUUCUCAAAAACAAAUUCUCAACAACAGAAUAACCAAAUAAGCCUAGGCUCUUCUCUGUCUGCUGGUACCAAUAACUCAUUUUGGUUAUCAGAUUCUGGCAAGUUUGCUUUUGGGUUCUAUCAAGCAAGCAAUGGUUCUUUUUCUGUUGGUAUUUGGUUUGAGAAAAUAAAGGAGAAAACAGUCAUAUGGACAUGGAACCGAGAUGAUAAGCCGCAACCACGUGAGACGACAUUGCUUUUGAGUGGUGACGGAAGACUCGUUUUGCGUGACGCGCAAGGCAUGGAAAUACUCGUAUAUUCCAAUACCUCUCAGCCUGCUACUUCAGCUUCCAUGUUAGAUUCAGGCAAUUUUGUCCUCUACAGUUUAGAUUCUAAGAUUAUAUGGCAGAGCUUUGACUAUCCAACAGAUACCCUUUUGCCGGAACAACGCCUAGAGGCCGGAGAACAGCUCGUCUCAAGCGUGUCCACAACAAAUCACUCUUCUGGAAGAUUCCAGCUUAGAAUGCAAAGAGAUGGGAAUCUGGUGCAGUACCCAACAGACAGUCCUAUCUUGUCAUUUUACUCUUAUUGGGCAUCGGAUACGUAUGACAAAGGCAACGGAGUAAGCCUGAAUCUCGAUAUUAAUGGCCAGGUAUAUCUGCUCAAUUCCACUGGGUUCAAUGUAAAAACAAUUUUUGCUGGUGAGAACAAUCUCAGUGACAAUGUUGUAUAUCGUCUGACUAUCGAUGUAGAUGGAAUAUUAAGAUUGUACUCUCAUAGUUUGGUUCAGAACAGCAGCUGGGUUGUCGAGUGGUAUUCAGUCGAAAGUAAGUGCACUCCUCUUGGACUUUGCGGCUUGAAUUCCUAUUGCGUUCUUGGCGAUGAUGAAGAACCUAAUUGUGAAUGUCUUCCUGGUUUUGAUCUCAUCGAUCAGCGCCAGGGAAGUUUAGGCUGCAAGAGAAAUUUAAGCACAUCUUGCACAAGUAAGAAUCAGAACACACUUUCUGUUGCAGAGUUGGAUGGAUUUAUCUGGGAAAACAAUUCGUAUUCGAUGGUGUCAGCGAUGAGCAAGAAUGCUUGCAAAGAGGAGUGCUUGAGGGACUACAAUUGCCAGGUUGCCUUGUUUAGGAACCAGCAGUGCAACAAACUAAUGUCUCCCCUGAAUUACGCAAAACUUCCAGAAAAUGGCUUUGCGACGACCAUAAUAAAAGUGUGCAAUGGAAGUUCUGGGACAAGUACAACAAUACUAAGCAAGGGAAGAAAUGGACAGGUUAAAAAAGCAAUCCUAAUAAGCAGCCUUUCAGUUUCGAGUUUUGGAGUAAUUGUUUUAGCAAUUUUUGUUACACUAACAUACAGACUUCGUAUUCGGGAAUACAAAAUGAUUGCAAAUCAAAGGCACGUCGAAUUUCUUGAAGACGUUACUCUUCAACCAUAUACCUUUGCCGAGCUAGAAAAGGCAACGAAUGGUUUCACAGAUCAAGUGGGAAAAGGAGCUUUCGGAACUGUUUUCAAAGGUGUACUCAUAUCAAACAAUUGUAGGAAAGUUGUAGCCAUCAAGAGACUGGAGAAAGUGAUCGCGGAUGGAGAAAGAGAAUUCAGGAACGAGAUGAAAGUAAUAGGCAAAACACAUCACAGAAACCUUGUUAAACUUCUUGGCUACUGCCAUGAAGAAACAAACAGGCUUUUGGUCUACAAGUACGUGGAAAACGGUUCUCUAGCAGAUUUCCUCUUCGGGAAUGAGACAAAGCCAACUUGGGAGGAAAGAGUUAGAAUAGCUCUGAAUAUCGCUCGAGGCAUACACUAUUUGCACGAAGAGUGUGAAACACAGAUCAUUCACUGCGACAUCAAGCCCGAAAACAUACUAAUGGACGAACAAAACCGUGCAAAAAUCGCGGAUUUUGGUCUGUCAAAGCUUCUAAUACCUGACCAAACCAGAACUUACACUGGUUUCAGAGGAACAAGAGGGUAUGUAGCACCCGAGUGGCACAGAAACAUGCCAAUAACAGUGAAAGCCGAUGUGUACAGCUUCGGAAUUGUGUUGUUGGAGAUCAUAUGCUGCAGAAGGAGUGUUGAUAUGGAUGUUCCCGAGGACAAAGUAGUUCUUGCCAACUGGGUUUAUGACUGCUUCUUGGAUGGUGAAUUAGAUAAGCUUGUUGAAGAUGAAGAUGUGGAGGAGAAUGAACUGCAGAAGAUGAUUAAGUUAGGACUUUGGUGCAUACAGGAAGAGCCGUCUGUCCGUCCUUCGAUGAAGAAAGUUUGUUUGAUGUUGGAAGGGACAAUAGAGAUUCCAACACCACCAAGUCCUACUUCUUCUGUUAGUAAUGUUCAGAUUGAUUGAACAUAUUUUUUUUUCUUCACAUGUUUUAAUAAA